AUGGAGAAGAUGAGAGAGGGUGGGAGAGUAAACACAGUUUUGUUCACAGCAGGAGCAGCUGUGUUGAUGGCAUGUUUGAAACGUUUUAUAUUAAUGGUGUUUCUCAUGGAGCAUUGGCGGGCGUGGGUUUUCCUUCUACUCAACCUCGUCCUCCUAGCCGUUGUUUUCACCUCCAUUUCUUCCAGGACAUCGAAUACUGAUCGAAAUCGCGAAUGUGAAAACAAUGCCGAAGGAUUCAAAAGAAAUGAAGGAGCAAAAAGAAGAGAAUAUCGAUGCCCAUCAGCUCCUCAAAUAGUUGAACGAGUUAAGGUAUGUGAGGAUGAAGUGUGCAAGAGAUCGGCGAGCUGUGGCGGCGAGAGCGAGCAAGAGCGGGUUGAAGACGAUACGGAGGAGGAGGAGGUUAGGAAGCUGUCGAAGGAGGAUUUGAAUGAGAGAGUGGAAGCCUUCAUCGUUAUGUUCCGGCAGCAUUUGGUUUCCGAUUCAAGGAAUUAA